AUGGAGAAAAUAGACUCGAUGGAGGCUCUGCCACAACAGAGCCAGCCCGAACCAGCACCACUCGUCCACAAGCUCUACGAACAACUCACCGAAACCUGGCAAUAUGUAGUCGCCGAUCCAGUCUCUCGCCAUGCCGUCAUUAUCGAUCCGCAUCUAGACAAUGGCCCCUCGGUUACCAACAUCUCUACAAUCGCCGCCGAUAGAGUGCUCUCCGUGAUACGGCAGAAUAGUUACAUCGUCGACCGAAUCCUCCACACCCACGAGCCCGUUAGACAUCCCACUUCCGCCUGGUACCUCCGCACCCAACUCCUCGAAGCCACCGGCCACGCCCCGCAAGUCCAAAUCGGCCGCAAACUCCAAGCCAUCCAAAACUUACAAGCCAUGCAACGCGUCUUCAAACGAAAAUCCAGCAUGAACGACGACUCAACAUGGAAGACUGAUUUCUUCGAAGACAAGUACGUCGACGGCUACGUCUUCCAAAUCGGAAACAUUAGCUGUCGCGUCGUCCAUUUACUCCGGGGCGGUCUAGCUUUCGUGAUUGGAGACCACAUAUUUGCGGGCACGAGUACUUUUGAGUUUGAGAUGAGGACGAGGCAUACGCACCUUGUGGGCAAUCUGAAGGAAUAUCAGGUCUAUGGGAGUCGGGAUCAGCCUCCGCCGCCUAGCAGGCAGAAGAUGCAGUUGGCGCCGAUCUAUGAGAAGGAUGAGAAGGGGAAGGGUACGGCGAGGAAGUUGGCGAUUCGGUACACGGCUGAGGAGGUUUUGGGAGGGAAGUGA